AACUUCUUUUGCUGGGAUUCUCAGUAUGGUGUUAAGAAUUGAAGAUCUGGUAAUGAAUUGUCCUUAUUCCUGGAAGUGAUCCUUCCAUAAUCAGCUUGGAGGAAUAAGAUGAGGUUUUUCGUUGGAAUAUACGUUGCACAUUUAUGGCGAUUCUGAGUGUGAGGGCAGACUUCUGCCAGGCUCAGCACAGUGUUUUUGCUGACAAGUGAGCUUGGGGGUUCUAUGUGCCAUAAUUAACAUUGCCUUGAAGACUCUGGACACCGAGACUGGCCUCAAAUAGUUGGCUUUUUUUUUAAAUUUUUUUAUUGCAAGCAUAUUUCUUUUAAUGACUCCAGUAAAAUUAAGCAUCAAGUAAACAAAAGUGGAAAGUGACCUAAACUUUUAACUUGUUUCACUAGUGCCUAAAUGUAGUAAAGGCUGCUUAAGUUUUGUAUGUAGUUGGAUUUUUUUGGAGUCCGAAGGUAUCCAUCUGCAGACAUUGAGGCCCAAAUUGAUUUGGAUUCAAGUGGAUUCUAAGUACUUCUGCUUAUCUUGAAGAGAGAAGCUUCUUAAAGAAUAAACAAGUUGAAUAGAGAAAACAGAUUGAUAAUAGGCAUUUUAGUGGUCUUUUUAAUGUUUUCUGCUGUGAAACAUUUCAAGAUUUAUUGAUUUUUUUUUUUCAUUUUCCCCAUCACACACACGCACGCUCACACUUUUUAUUUGCCAUAAUGAACCGCCCAGCCCCUGUGGAGAUCUCCUAUGAGAACAUGCGUUUUCUGAUAACUCAUAACCCUACCAAUGCUACCCUCAACAAGUUCACCGAGGAACUUAAGAAGUAUGGAGUGACAACUUUGGUUCGAGUUUGUGAUGCUACAUAUGAUAAAGCUCCAGUUGAAAAAGAAGGAAUCCACGUUCUAGAUUGGCCAUUUGAUGAUGGAGCACCACCCCCUAAUCAGAUAGUGGACGAUUGGCUAAACCUAUUAAAAACUAAAUUUCGUGAAGAGCCAGGUUGCUGUGUUGCAGUGCAUUGUGUUGCAGGAUUGGGAAGGGCACCUGUGCUGGUUGCACUUGCUUUGAUUGAAUGUGGAAUGAAGUACGAAGAUGCAGUUCAGUUUAUAAGACAAAAAAGAAGGGGAGCAUUCAAUUCCAAACAGCUGCUUUACCUGGAGAAAUACCGACCUAAGAUGCGAUUACGCUUCAGAGAUACCAAUGGGCAUUGCUGUGUUCAGUAGAAAGAAAUAUAAACGAAGGCUGACUUGAUUGUGGCAUUUAGAGGGAACUCUUGGUACCUGGAAAUGUGAAUCUGGAAUCUUGACUGUGUCAUCAAAGUAGUGAUGGAUUUAGUACUCCUCAAACCACUCUCCUCAUGAUUGGAAAAAAGUAAACAAAAAAGAAAUCCCUCUAUAACAUGAAUAAAAUGUUUAAGAAAAGAAAAAGAGAAAGAAAAAGGGAUUAAUUCAGUGAAGGAUAAUUUUGCUUCUAGUGUUGGAGUUUGAAUUUCUGCCAGGAUUGAAUUAUUUCAAAAUCUCCUGUCUUUUUUAACUUUUUCAAAAUAGGUCUCUAAGGAAAACCAGCAGAACAUUAGCCUGCGCAGAACCAUCUGUUUGGGGAGCACGUUCUUCCAUUAUGCUUGGCACAUAGAUCUCCCUGUUGUGCGAUUUCUUUCUUUCCUUUUUUUUGGGUGGGGGGGUGAGUUGGUGGGGGGGUAUAUUUUUCCUCUCUUCUCUUCUUUUCCCUGUCCCUCUUUUUUUCCCUGAUACAAAUUGUAGAUGGAAUAGGAGAGGUCUUUGUUGCUGUAGAUGUGCGUGCAGUCUGGCAGCCUUAAGCCCACCUGGGCACUUUUAGGGGAGGAAAAAAAAAAAAAACCACGAAAAAAACAGUGGCAUAUAUAUUAUAUGAUCCAGGUGGUUUUUAGUCUUUAUUGAUGAUGGGGUGUUCAUGUUAGUUUCUUAAAAACUAUUCAGCAUUAGGCAAAGUAGCCAAGAGCCUUUUGUUUGGGUUUUUGUUUUGAUAAAUUAGUGGGGAAGUGGCAUUUUAAGAUGAGUCUUUUUUUUUCCAAAGAACUUAGCUGAGAGUCGAAUUCUUCUCUUUUUCCAACCAAUGAAGCUAAGUGGGUAUCUCAGAAGCUUUUUUCUGAAGGGGAGUACUCCAGGCCAUCACUAAAGAUGUAUCCAGGCAGAGUUAGCACACUUUCUAUACCUUGUAGAAUUGUGGGCUGUAGCAUUACUCUGAUUUUCUGUCUAAUGUUGUCAGAGAGUGCUGGUAGUUUAAAAUUUUUAUUUUAGGAUUUAUUUGUACUCUGAAUUUUCAAGAACAGUCAGAGGAGUAGCAGCAAAGACACAAUAUUUUGGACUUGAGAAAUGCCCAUGAUGGGCAUUUUCCAAACUGCCCCCUAUAUGUACAGUUCAGUUUAACCACUGAUUGCCUUGUUACUUUCUUACUAGGUUCUUUAUGAGAUUGAAAAAAAGUACGCUGGUUCAAAACCAACAAUGCCUAGUGAGUAUGUGUCCACAGGCCCUAACAGGAUAGGAGAGAGACAUAGAGCAGCCCAAUGAGUAGCAAAGGGACUGUGUUAGUGAAAUUGGUGUAGUGUCAUUUUUGCUGAAUCUUUGUGGGGUUCAGUAUGCUGAUCUAGAAAAAUGGUCUUUCUGCUCUUUUGCAGAAGGCAGUUGUGGCUGGGCUGCGUCAACAAAGCAAGUUGAAGGACCGUCAGGGGCUCUUGUAUUCUUUAUCUAAAUUUCACAAACUUUAUAGUGCUCUGCUUCUAAGGAUUUGAAUAAAGGCUUAGGGUCAUCUUGUCCUGCUGGAAUUUGCUGUGCAGAGCCAUAAACUUCCCAUUUUAUUAGGAUCAGCUAGGCCAGUAGGAAUGGACCGGGACCUUGUCUCACUGAUGAUACCUCAGACGUUGGCUGGCUGUGUGAACUGCAUAUCUCUUAUGCCGGAGUUGUUUUGCUUUUUAACUAAAUGAAAAUCUGUAGAUUCUCUCCUCCCCAUCCCAGAAAACAAAACAAAAUAAUGCUUUUUGAAAUUGUUUCUAGGAUUUUAACGUGAAAAAUGAUGGUACUGUCUGUCCAAAAUUCUUUAUAUCAGAACAUGACAAUAGAUUUCUUUAACAUAGACUCAAGAUCAAAACAGCAUAUCUUUUAAGCUCAUAGACUGUUGAUUCCAAGGAUUUCGAUCAAUACCAUAACAAACCUUUUUCCUUUGACAUGGCUUUAAUUUUUGUUGUUUGGGUGGAGGGAGAGAGAGACAAAGAGACAGAGAAAGAAUGCGUGUGUGCUCGCGCACGCGUGUGUGCAGUGUCCACCAGUAUCAGUGCCUGCCUGAGUUAGGAAAAUACAUUCCUGGUUCUGUAUGAGAAGAGUAAUAAAGCAACAUGAAACAUUAGCCCUCAUUUGUUUUAAAUUACAGAUUAAUGUUAAUUGUUCUCAGAACUGGAUUUUCUUCCUCAAAAUUAAACGUUUUUUUCUUUUGGAUUUAAUGAAGUAUUGCUAGCCGAAGCCAGUUUGACAUAGUGAGAGAGAUGUCAGACUGAUGAAAGGUGUGCAGCCUGAUUUAAAACCAAACCCAGAACCCUUUUAAAAGAACAAUAAACAUAUUUUACAUGC